AUGAAUUCAGAGACGUUUAAGCAUCUCAACAUUUUGGUCAUUGAUACCGCUGGCUCUGGAAACGGUGAACGAGUGAAGAAAUUGCUGCAAGAGAAUGGUGUCAACAACUGCUAUACAUGGAGAUCAAAUGGUUCCAGCACCACUGGAGACUCGGCUAAGCAGUUUUUCAAGACGGAAUGGGGCAGUAAAGAUCUACAUUUUGUCGUGAGUGACACUACAAAUUUCCCCUUUUAUAGGUGCGCUGCAUUCGACUAUAUGAUACCCGUGGUGACACCAGAUUGGGUCAGACAUUCUUUGAACAGCAAGAAACUGGCAAAGACUGUCCUGUACUCUCCUGACGCGCGGCACUUCCUCAAGGACUCCGUAAUCUGUCUACCGAGGAAGAAUUUUAAAUACACAGAGUACCUGUUAUAUUCUGAAUUGAUCAUUUGCAUGGGGGGCAGUCACUCAGAGGUUCUGAGUAGCAAAACGACACAUUACAUAUGCAAGACUAAAGAUGACCCUAUAAUGAGCAAAAUUGCGGACUACAUCAACAGUAAGCCAGACGAGAGGAAAAAAUGGAACUUCAAAGUUGUCUACCCGAUGUGGAUCAUCCAUUGUUUCAAAAAGGGCCAGUUGGUUGACAACAUUAGUAACAUCUCCUGUAUCAACGCCAACGAACACUACGAUGAAGAUGAGAGGUGCCAGGACAUAUGGGAUGAAGUCCUGGGCAUCCCGUUCCAAGAACCAAAGCGAUUUUUACAAGGUCAUGAAUUCAUCAUCGACAUUGAUCUAGCCCUGGCUAGAGGACCGUACACUUUCCUUUUACAGUACGUAGAAAACUGUUCUGGCAGUAUAAAGCACCAUUUGAAUUCCGACGAAAUCACAAGCAACGUCACUGCGGAUUGUUUUAUUGCACAGUCCGAAAAGACUUCAGAGUGUCAAACUAGCAGACGGACCACGCUGAUGUGUGGUAACCUGAUAUGGUUGUUUAAUAUGUGGUCCUUGGACUCGUUUACUCUACCAAGCAGUAAGAUAAUUUGGGGUCCGUUGAAACAAAGUGUUGUCAGAUCCGACGAGCUGAUAUUAUCGUUCACGAACUAUUUUGGAUUACAAAGGUCCUAUAUUCAAAGGAUAACGGAACGAUUGGGCGGAGUCAGCACCACUUCCUUAACGAAAAGAAAUACACAUUUAGUGUCGCGGAUGGCGAUAGGCAAGAAGUUUGAACUGGCCAAACAGUGGGGCGGGCAACGUUGUAGAGUCGUCAACCAUUUGUGGUUGGAGGAAUGCUAUAGACAGAAAAGAAUAAUGGAUACUGAGGAUCCCAGGUUCCAGAAUUUCGAGGUUGGUAAAAUGGGGUUGGAUUUUAGUCUGGGCCAAAUGAGUGAUGCCACGGAAAACAAGGAUAUCGUACUACAGUUGCAGGAUAGUGACAAUGAGAGUCUACUAAACUGGAAUGAAAGCGAUAGCACAGCGAGUACAACAAUACCUUCCCCAGUCAAGGAGACUUCACGGGGUGUCGAUUUGGGAACAGACGCUGUAACAAUGAGGAAUAUAGAUGAGGACGACUUAGGAACCGCAUCACCGGAGGAACUGGAAGUCGGUACCGCAAAACCGAAUCCAACCACAAAUAUACCAGACGAUCAUAAUGAGGGCACUGAAGAUGUACCCGUCCAUGGCGAUGUUGUUGAGGAACAUGUACCCGCUAGUAUCCUACCAAAUUACGCUGAAGAUGGUGAGUUUGAGACUGCUCCUGACAAGUACGCUGAUCUUUUCAGCAAUUUAUCACAAACUUCAGAUGAUCGUAUGGGAGGUGUUGAGCAGGCGAAACCAAAGACUGAAGAGUUGACCACACCGAUUGCCUCUAGACAAACUUUUGUGAAAAAUACUGUACACGACCCUACCGGGGGGACACCAACUGCCUCCAAAAAAACAUAUGUCAAGACCACGACACAAGACCCUAAUGCGGAUACGCCUAUAACACCACCAACAGAACCCGCUCUCUCUGGUGUAGGAAGACGACAAGCGCGUGCUGAAGCAGAGAAGCGGUUGCAUACGGAUAUCGAGGCUCUUAACGCGUUCCAAAAAAAUUCCAAGAGAAAGAGGAUAGGUGAUCUACUACCGGAGGAGAUUGAGCAGUUGGAGUCUGUGAAAAGGGUCAACAAUGAAGCGAGGGAUAUAGUUUGCCAACUCAAUAAGGACAGCACAGUAGAGAGUGAAACUUUUUUGAAAACCGUCAGGCAUACGUACAGUAUCGUUGCAUACAUCACUGGUUGUUUGGACGAUAUGACGGCCUUGGACAAGGCGAUUCUGAAGCUUGUUGGGAUAAAAAUAGUGAAGCAUGAGAACGAGCAUGUGCGGCACUUGAACUGUAUUGUUGCACCCAAAGUGAUGCGGACUGCCAAAUUCUUGAUCAGUUUGAGCUUCAAACCGUUGAAAUACGUCUUGCUACCACAAUUUAUAAGUGAUGUGCUGAAUGCGGUAUCCAGGGGGGCAUCUUUCCCACUGGACUUCGAACGGUACGUGAUUCCGGGGUUUGACAUGACACUAGUGGACAGGACAUCCUUGCCCACUGCAGUGUUUGAAAGGGCGCAUAUCACACACGUCAACGUCAUGGGGGACAUCAGGGGCGGGUUCGAUGUAAUAUCGCAUAUCCUCCAAAAGCACGGGGUCCAAGACAUUCACAAAUUGAGGUCGUUACCAGAUGAUACUUUGGUCGCGAACAACCAUCACCGCAGAAGCAAGACCAUCGUCUCCGGUAAGAAAACGAUACACACGCCACCGCUUUGUGUCGUCAUGGGCGCGAAGAAGUCGCAGGUGGCCAAGUUGAAGAAACUGUGGACGCAGUCCAACGAUUCCAACACGGAGGGACUUUUUGUCAUCUCGUGGGACUGGUGUGUCGACACACUGUUCCGUAUGGACGUGGACUACAGCAAAUCGGAGCACGUACUUUUCAGUUCGUUAUAG